AUUCGAAACAUCAAAAUUAUAAUAAUGACAAGUAAUGGUUCUUAAAUAAAAUUUCAAAUGAUAUCAGGAGCAGGAUAUCAGGAAAGAAACACUAGAAAUUUAACCGAAAAGUCGAUCAGACAUAUAAAAUGCGACGACGUAAGGGUCCUGUUCUCCAUCUUCGAAUUCAAACAAGAAAUCGGCCAUGGAAGUUUCGGUCUGGUUGUUGAAGCUAUAGAAAAGUCCAAUUCACACCAUUACGCCAUUAAAAUCGUGAAUAAGUUUACUCGCAAACGUGCAUCACGUUUCCAGAUGUCGUUGAGAUUGGACGAAAUUUAUCGAGAAAUAAAAAUUCUUAAAGCCGUCAACCAUCCGAAUAUCGUCAUAUUGCACAGGGUGUACGAGACCAGCAGGAAAAUCUACAUGGUGUUCGAGUUGUGCCACGAAAAUCUCUUCGAUCGAUUCAAAACCGACAAUCCGUUUUCGGACAAAGUCGUCAGAAAAAUCACCAAGCAAUUAGUCGACGCCGUUUAUUAUCUACACAAACAUGACAUAGUCCAUAGGGAUAUUAAAAUGGAGAAUAUCCUCUUUACUACGAAUCCCGAUGAUCCCACAGAUACUUACUUCAUCAAACUGACCGAUUUCGGAUUGAGCGUGAAAAAAUUGUCAACGGGCAUACAAGGCAUGCUUAGAGAUAGAGUCGGAACGAUCAUUUACAUGGCUCCAGAAAUCCUUCUGGAAUGCACGUACAGUGAACUAUGCGACAUCUGGUCCGUUGGGGUCAUCCUAUACACGAUGAUGUACGGCAAAUACCCGUUUACAGCGUCCAACAACAAGGACCUGGCCGCGAAAAUCAUCACCCACGAGCCGGAGUUUCCCACCAAGCUGUUGGACCUCAAUUGCGUGAAUCUGAUGAAGGCCGCGCUGGUGAAGGACCCCGUCAGCAGGAUAACGGCCUCGGAGAUGAUGAAGAACCCCUGGCUGUCGGAUAAUAAGAUGGACAGGAUAUGGAAGAAGGAAACGGUGAUCGAUUACAUGACCUUGUGGAAGGAGGAGAUGUUGUUGCCAGGUCAGGAAUCGGAUUGGGUGUCUGAUUACAGCGGUGUGCUGACCGAAGGUGGUUCUGAUAUCCCGAUAAUGUAAUUAAAAAAGUGAGAAACCGCCAAUUUGAGGCGGUUGUUGUACAGUUAGGUAAUCCAGCAAAUGUCUACACAAUGGAUGUGGUGUUUUUAACCGAGAGCUAUGUCGUAAUUUCGUAUUCAGGAAACCAAAAAUUUAUUAUUGUUAUAAAAAGGCAAAUAAAAUACGUUGCAUCUAAAGUUUUACGAUAGAA